UUUACAUUGAGGUUGGAGUGAACGAUAGAGCAGACAGCAUCAUGCCGACAUGCUUUUGUUGAGUAUAUAAGAUAUACUGACCUGACGGAUUACUAACGAUCCAGAUUUUGUGAAGUAAAGUCUGGAGUUUGAGUGAUCCAGGCAGCCGGGAUGGAGUGCAGCGGCCAGGUGACACCCCAGCUGAUGAUGGCUGUCGGCACAGCUGUGAUUGGCUCUCUCCAGUUUGGCUACAAUACUGGUGUAAUCAAUGCUCCUCAGAAUAUCAUUGAGAGCUUCUACAAUGAGACGUGGAGCAGCAGGUUUUCAGAGCCCAUCCCUCAGACCACUUUAACAGCUCUGUGGUCGCUCUCUGUCGCCAUCUUCUCUGUAGGAGGAAUGUUCGGCUCCUUCUCUGUCGGCCUCUUUGUCAACCGUUUUGGCAGGAGGAACUCCAUGCUGAUGGCCAAUGUGCUUGCCUUCAUUGCUGCUCUGUUUAUGGGCCUCUCCAAGCUGGCUGCUUCCUUUGAGAUGCUCAUCGUUGGACGUUUCAUAGUGGGUCUCUACUGCGGCCUCUGCACUGGCUUUGUGCCCAUGUACGUUGAGGAAAUCUCACCCACGUCUCUCCGCGGAGCAUUAGGAACUCUGCAUCAACUUGGUGUAGUGAUCGGCAUUCUCAUGGCACAGAUCUUUGGGAUUGAGUUCAUCAUGGGGAACGCCUCCCUGUGGCCGCUCCUGUUGGGUUUCACUCUGCUGCCGUCUGUGCUGCAGUGUGUCCUGCUGCCGCUCUGCCCCGAGAGCCCCCGAUACGUCCUUAUCAACCUCAACGAUGAGAGCAAGGCCCACAGUAUCCUGGUGAAGCUGCGGGGCACUGACGAGGUGAGCAACGACAUGCAGGAGAUGAAGGAGGAGAGCCAGCAGAUGAUGAGGGAGAAGACGGUGACCAUCCCCGAGCUGUUCCGCUCCCCCACGUACCGCCAGCCCAUCUUUGUUGCCAUCAUGCUGCAGCUCUCGCAGCAGCUGUCUGGAAUCAACGCUGUGUUUUACUACUCGACUGGGAUCUUUGAGCGAGCAGGAGUGUCCCAGCCUGUUUAUGCAACCAUCGGUGCAGGAGUGGUCAACACUGCCUUCACUGUGGUUUCUUUGUUUGUGGUCGAGCGAGUCGGCAGGAGACCCCUUCACCUUGUUGGUUUGAUGGGAAUGGCAGUUUCAGCAGUUUUCCUAACUGUUGCCAUGGCGUUGUUGGACCAGCUCAGUUGGAUGUCCUAUGUCAGCAUUGCGGCCAUCUUUAGUUUCGUGGCCUUUUUUGAAAUUGGCCCUGGCCCCAUCCCCUGGUUCAUCGUGGCGGAGCUCUUCAGCCAAGGACCGCGGCCGUCUGCCAUUGCAGUUGCUGGUUUGUCCAAUUGGUCUGCCAACUUCUUAGUGGGAAUUGGCUUCCCGUAUGUCGAGCAACUCUGCGGCCCAUACGUCUUCAUCAUCUUCAUCGUCCUGCUGCUCGGCUUCUUCACCUUCACCUACUUCAAGGUUCCCGAGACUAAGGGCCGCACCUUCGAUGAGAUUUCAGCGGGCUUCCGGCAGUCAGCUGGUCAUGGUGCUGACAAGUACUCUGCCCCCGAAGAGUUCAACACCCUCAGGGGGGAUGACCCCGACCUUUGAAAGCUGCCGUACAUGCAUGCACACACUCGCGUGCAGCUAAGUUACCUGUUACACUUUUAGGAUACUACUACUUAGGGUACACUUUUAGGACACUACUAUCGUGUUUGUAUUGGACAGUAUUACCUAAGAGGUUUAGUCAGACUGUAACAAAGAUGGAUGACUUGACUGAGGAUAUUAGGGCUGCAACUAACGGUUCUUUUUUAUUGUCGAUUAUUUUUAUCGAUUAUUCGAUCAGUUGUUUGGUCUAUAAAAUGGUGACAAAUUUGGAUCAGUGUUUCCCAAAGCCCAAGAUGACGCCCUCAAAUGUCUUGUUUUGUCUACAACUCAAAGAUAUUUAGUUUACUGUCACAGAGGAGAGAAGAAACUAGAAAAUAUUCACAUUUAAGCAACUGGAAUUAGAGAAUUUUCAUAAAUAAUGACUCAAACUGAUUAAUCGAUUAUCAAAAUAGUUGAUGAUUUGUUUAAUAGUUUACAACUAAUCGAAUCAUCUUUGCAGCUCUAGAGGAUAUCAAUGUUCAGCCUGUAGGAAGUCUAUUUUCAUCACUUGCCAUGCAGGCAAAAAUGUCUUCCAUAGUCUUUUAAAAUUAAGUGAGUGAGUAAACUACGUAAGUGAGGCUGGGGUAUGCUGCAGCAUAAAACACACAGUGGGUUUAAACUGUAAAUAUAUAAUAUUUCGAGUGUUAUGUUAUUUAGUGUUAUUCUUAUUCAAAAUAUCCUUUUUCAUGUUUGUUAUGCAGUUCUAUUUUCUAUUUUGGAAUUUAAAUGAUCUGGUUUGAAGCGGUAGACUGACUGCUUAAAUUAAAACAAGGUCAUUGUGAUAAAGUGAACGUUCGGUUACAAGGUAACCUUGGUUCUCUGAGUGAAGAGACUAUCUCUCCAGGGCAAGGCCGUUCCGAUCACUAGUCAUGUUUCCAUCAACGUAUGUUCAUGCGCAUUUUGAAGUAUUGCAUUAGAAAAGGUUGAUGGAAACGGUAAAAUUCG